AUGAAGGUUUUCUAUACAGCUCUUUUCUGCAUUGCCGGAGUCCUUGCUGCUGAUGAGCUCAAGAAGGAAGAGGCUGCUGGAGGAUACUACGACUCUCCCUCCGCCGCUGCUCCAAACAACGGAUAUUACGGAUAUGGAGGAUACGGCUCUUACCUUCCACUUCCUCAACUCGAAGACCGUAACGUAUGCGAUCUUGAUGCUUCCGUCCUUCUUGUAACAGACUCUAGACGCCAUGGACACAACCGCGCUGUUAGAGUCAGAUGCUCCGAAAUCGCUAGCUACGAUGAGGAUUCCUGCAACGUCUGUUGUCAACAUGCCGCUCGUCGUGAUCUUGAGCUUAAGAACAUUGACAUGACUGGAUUCCUCGCCAUCGUUUAUGAGAAGAACAACAAGGAUAAGGAACAAGAAGAAGUAGAGGAAGUUGAUGAGGAAGAUACCGUAACAAGAAGAAAGCGUGGAGCCAAGAGACACUGGGACAAGAAGAACGAGGUUGAGCCUACUUUCGUCGAAAUCAGCGAGUUCAAGCCUGAUGAGCUCGGAAGCAACGUCAAGUGCGUCUGCUGUGCUCCAAAACGCAAGCUCCCACCACCACCAGCUUUCUACCCACAACCUGCUCAGACCUACUCUGCUCCAGUUUAUGGCGCUCCAGCUCAAUCAGCCCCAGCUUAUGGAGCUCAAGCCGCUCCAGUUUACUCCGCUCCUGCUGCUGCUGCUCCAGCCUAUGCUGCUCCAGCUGCCGCUGCUCCAGCUUACGGAAGCCCAGCCGCCGCUCCAGCUCAAGCCCCAGUUCCAGUUCAGUAUUGA